AGUACUAGCUUUUUUCAGUACUAAGCAACCUUGCGGUGUCGUACUUCUGAAUUGACGACAAAAACCCUAGAGCUGCAACUUCUUUCUUCGAAAAUGCAUCGCACCAACCCGAUCCAGAUGAAUGCCUUCUGGCAAAAGCGGGUGCAGAAGGAGAAAGAGUCCGCGGAAAAAGCGCUGUACAAACAGUCGAAGUCUCAGGCGAACUCCAAGAACACCACCAUGACCAGCAAUUUCGUCGCCGCGAACGUGGCUGCGGUGUCCAAACCCACCUACGCGCCGAUUGACAAAUCCAAGCGCGCCUGGCUCCCCGGCGGGCUGAACCACAGCACGCCCCCCGGACCGCCGGGACCAAAGGGAAACUCCAUGCUCAAGGGCCAGCCGCUCCCGGCGGAGUGGUACGAGGAAAAGAGUACCAGGCAGAAUACGAAAGAGACGGUGAAUAGCACGAAUAAACCGAUGUACUUGCCACGAAAUAACGCAAACAAACCGGUCCCCGCUGGUUCCAGUGCAGCUAGCAGUGUGGCGGUGCGUCCGGCCGGGAAGGAGACCCUCGGAGGUCCGCUGGGGCUGAAGGCGUCGGAAUCGGUGGCCAGUAGUUCCUUCCGUUCGAGGAAGAGCAGUUCUUCGCGUUUCAGGGCGAAGGAAGGUGGAAAAAGUACCGCACCUGCGUUGACGCAAGAUCAGUUGUUGCGGUCCAUCGCAAACAUCGACAAAAACGCCGCUCCCGCCGCGAAGAGCAACGGGGCGCGCAGCGGAAGGGCGAGCAGUUCCCGAUGGCGGGGAAGCUUUAAUCCGGAGUAGUGUUUUUUUUCGAUUCUUUUUGUUCAAUGAGGAUGAUGUAGUAGUAGUUCAUCUUCAUAUUGCCAUUGUUAUAAAAAUGGUCAUGGUCUUCAUGAUGAUGCUCAUGCUGGUGAUGCAUCAGUAUGUUCAAGUACAACAACUAUGCACGACGACCUUACGUCUCAUUAUUUGCAUUUUCUUUGUUAAAAAUCUGACUCGAAAAGAAAAACCUCAAAAUCAAAUUCUACAUCUACCGACAGGUCCGGAGCGGCGAGUGAGAUGGCGGGCAGCGCGGGCGAGGCACAGUUUCAGGAAGAAAUUCGCUCCGUGGUCGAGCAGGAGGUGACCAAGCUGCUGGCCCCGUUGGAAAAGCAACUGCAGGAAGAGCGCGAGCGGCGGGAAAAAGCGGAGGCAUUGGUACAGCAGUUGAAGACGAAGGGAGGAAAGUGAGAAAUGUAAAAUGUUGACGAACAACGUUGAACCAUUACAACUAGAGGAUGGCAGAGGCUUUUCAUCAAUGCACGAAACAAACCAAAAAAAUUACAGAAAAUGAAUGCGAUAUAUUUAUAUUUAUAUUGAUAAAUCUAAAGUAUCUACUUGAUUAGUCUAGCGUACGCACAGAACGAAAUGCAGUAGCAGUUAUGUUGUAGGAUCGUGCAAGACGCCACCAAGACCAAGAGCUAAUACCAGAUGGAACGCAAACACUUUUUCGAAAUCGGAUCAGAGAGACGGGCUAGUCGAUGCCGAACCUUCUUAAAUGAACUCUGUAGAUUUGCCAAGAAGAUCGAAGCUAGUACAAGCUCGAUGCCUAAACCGUACUUUGCUUCGAACGGAGGCCGAAUACGG